AUGAAUUUCAAGUUUAAAACAAUCAGAAGAACCAGGAAUGCCUUAAAUGCUUAAUAAAUAUAUUGGGAAAUAAUUAAAUUAAAGAAAUAUUUUAGAGUGAAAACUAUUUUUGGAGAAGAGAAAAAAACUGAAAUCAUUUUUCAUAGAACACAAUUACCAAAUAAAUAUCGCACUCAUGAUAUGAGUUUAUUUAUUGAGCAACAUCAAGAAACACAGAAUUCGUUCUAUUACAUAGCAAUAGGACUAUUUAGCUUUGCGACAAUGCAUUUCUAUGCAAAAAUGCUAUAUGAUGAUGAUACUAGAUAUUGGGUCAGCAUUCGAUAUCCAAAUCACAUGAAAUACUUUGACAUCUUUAAUACUCGCAUAUAAUAACAAUAUGAUUAUAUUUUGGAGAAAUUACAACUAAAGAAUAAAGAUCUGAGUGGAGCUGUCGGAUAUCAUAAUGUAAAACAGGGCAUUAAAGAUCUAUUCAAAAGAGAGACUAAGAUCAUUGAUUUUGAAACUACAGACUAAUCCAUAUAAGGAUUGGAUAGUUUUUUAUAGGAAUAAGAUAAAAAAGUACUUAAAUCAAUUAAAUGAAUUUUAUAUUUGAUCAACUUAAUCAUUAAAUCGAUGAUAUCAUAAAUCA